UUCACAAACUCGCAAUGGCUGAUGAUGCUGGACUGGGCCUCCGCGAUAAAUCCCAAGAUAAUACUAGAUCAGGUUUUGAGAAAAGGGAAAAGAGAAGACGAAUCAGAAAACUCCAAGAUGCUAUUUCUCAAAACCAGAUCAACAUUGUACAACAGAUGAUGGAGGAAGAUUUCGAUGUGGAUUUCCAGUAUCGUGGCCAGACAGCCUUGCAGUUAGCAGUAAAGGAGGGCUUAUAUGACAUGUGUGUGCUUCUAAUUAUUAAAGGAGCUGAUGUGAACAAGAUAGACUCGGACAUGAACAGUCUCCUCAAUAUAGCUUCUUGGCGAGGAUUUGAUGACAUAGUGGAAUUGUUGAUACAAAAUAAAGCAGAUGUUGACUCUCAGAAUGACCUUGGAUGCACACCACUUAAUACAUGUGCUUAUAAAGGUCAUGCAUAUAUCUGUAGUCUUUUGUUAAAAGCUGGAUCUGAUUCUAACAUACAGAACUCACAUGGUCAAACUCCACUCCACACAGCAGCCAAACAAAGACAUGUGGAGAUCGUAGACUUGUUGAAGAGCUCUUCCUGUAACAUGAACCCUGGAGAUGAGAACAGGAAAACCCCAAUGAUAUGGGCCGCUGAUCUGGGGUUCACAGACAUAGUAGAAUCUCUUUUAUCAGGAGGUGCAGACCCUGACAAGCAGGAUAACUUGGGAAGGACAGCUCUCUACUGUGCUGCCUCACAAGGUUAUUUAGAGGUCACACAAGUACUCAUCAAAAGAAAGGCCAACCUGAACCUCCAAACUACCAAAGGCUGCACACCCUUGUUAGAUGCCAUAGGAAGUUCUUGUUCAGGUUCCCUUGACAUAGCCAGGCUGCUCAUCAGUUCAGGGUGUGAUGUGAAUUUAGCAGAUCGGCAGAGUCAGGCUCCCAUACAUGUUGCUGUCCGUCAGGUUUCCCAAAUGUUUGGGUCUCCGACUGAGAAUGCCUUGGCCUUGGUGAAGAUUUUGGUGAGUGGGAAGUGUGAUGUGAACCAGCCCGACAGUGAGGGAUGGACGCCUCUCUACCAGGCAGCUUUAGCCGGUAACCAAGGUAAU